AUGGCUACUCCCUCUGCUUGGAAACUCGAUGACCAUCCUAAGCUCCCUAAAGGCAAAACCAUCGCCUUAAUCGUCUUAGAUGGUUGGGGUGAAUCUGCUCCUGAUCAGUACAACUGUAUCCACAACGCUCCUACUCCUGCCAUGGAUUCUCUCAAAAACGGAGCUCCUGAUACUUGGACUUUAAUCAAAGCUCAUGGUACUGCUGUUGGAUUACCAAGUGAAGACGAUAUGGGAAACAGUGAGGUUGGUCAUAAUGCUCUUGGUGCUGGUCGUAUUUACGCUCAAGGUGCUAAGCUUUGUGACAUCGCUCUUGCUUCUGGAAAAAUCUUUGAAGGUGAAGGUUUCAAAUACGUUUCUGAAUCUUUCGACAAGAAUACUUUGCACUUCGUUGGACUUUUAAGUGACGGUGGAGUCCACUCUCGUCUUGAUCAGCUACUGUUGUUGGUUAAAGGUUCUGCUGAACGUGGUGCUAAGAGAAUCCGUGUCCAUAUUCUUACUGAUGGUCGUGAUGUUUUGGAUGGUUCAAGUGUCGGAUUUGUGGAAACCCUUGAAGCCGACCUAGCUAAACAUCGUGAGAAUGGUAUUGAUGCUCAGAUUGCAUCUGGUGGUGGUCGUAUGUAUGUGACUUUGGACAGGUAUGAGAAUGAUUGGGAAGUUGUGAAACGUGGUUGGGAUGCUCAAGUUCUUGGUGAAGCUCCACACAAAUUCAAAAACGCUGUUGAAGCUGUGAAGACAUUGAGGAAAGAACCUGGUGCAAAUGAUCAGUAUUUGCCUCCGUUUGUGAUUGUUGAUGAUGCAGGGAAAGCGGUUGGUCCCAUUGUGGACGGUGAUGCUGUUGUCACCUUCAAUUUCAGGGCUGAUCGUAUGGUUAUGCAUGCUAAGGCACUUGAAUAUGAAGAUUUUGACAAAUUUGAUCGUGUUAGGUUCCCAAAGAUCCGUUAUGCUGGUAUGCUUCAGUAUGAUGGAGAGCUAAAGCUGCCUAACCGUUACCUUGUUUCUCCCCCGGAGAUCGAUAGAACCUCUGGUGAAUAUUUGGUCCACAAUGGUGUCCGUACUUUUGCUUGCAGUGAGACUGUCAAGUUUGGGCAUGUCACAUUCUUCUGGAAUGGAAACCGAUCUGGAUAUUUCAACGAGAAAUUGGAGGAGUAUGUUGAAAUCCCAAGUGACAGUGGAAUAUCAUUCAAUGUCCAGCCAAAGAUGAAAGCUUUGGAAAUUGGUGAGAAGGCGAGGGACGCAAUCCUUAGUGGCAAGUUUGAUCAGGUGCGAGUUAACAUCCCCAAUGGAGAUAUGGUGGGUCAUACAGGUGAUAUUGAAGCCACGGUUGUUGCAUGCGAGGCUGCUGAUCUUGCUGUGAAGAUGAUCUUUGAUGCAAUUGAACAAGUGAAAGGCAUUUACGUCGUGACUGCUGAUCACGGGAACGCAGAGGACAUGGUUAAGAGAGAUAAAUCUGGGAAGCCUGCUUUGGAUAAGGAAGGAAAGCUUCAGAUUCUUACCUCUCACACACUCAAGCCAGUGCCAAUUGCCAUUGGAGGUCCUGGAUUGUCACAAGGAGUGAGAUUCCGUAAGGAUCUGGAAACACCGGGACUUGCGAAUGUAGCUGCAACGGUGAUGAACCUCCAUGGAUUCGUGGCUCCAGCUGACUAUGAGCCAACCCUAAUUGAAGUAGCGGAGAAUUGA